ACGUGAGGAGCUUCACAGUGGAAAAAUUUUGAAAGCGGAAAAGGCGCUAAAACUCACCGUUCAAAAAGACUAAUUUUCAUCAAGGUUCAUCAACCAACAAACUCAAAAUGUCAGCAAAGAAGGCAGUAGCACCAUCACACCCAAAAUACAUCGACAUGAUCAAGGCUGCGUUGGCAGAGCUCAAGGACAGAAAGGGAACUUCAAGACAAGCGAUUUCAAAGUACAUCAAAGAACACUACAAAGUUGGUGAAAAUGCAGAUACCCAGUUGAAAUUGGCGCUCAAACGUGGUGUUGUCGCUGGUGUUAUCAUGCACUCAAAAGGUACUGGGGCAUCAGGUUCAUUCAGACUCGUGAAGAAGGAGGCACCAGCAAAACCAAAGAAGGCGCCAGUAGCGAAGAAAUCACCAAAGAAGCCAAAGGCGAAGACCACCCCGAAAAAGGCGGUUAAAUCACCAAAGAAGGCGAAGGUUGUGAAGAAGCCAGCAGCAAAGAAACCAGCAGCGAAAAAACCAGCAGCAAAGAAGCCAGCAACGAAGAAAUCGCCGGCCAAGAAGGCAGCUGCCAAGAAAUCACCCGCCAAGAAGGCAGCAUCGAAAGCGAAGAAACCAGCAAAGAAGACGGCGAAGAAGUAAAUUGUCGAUGAACUCUGUAUAAAUUUCGGACAAGGUAUAGUUUUAAUUUUGGUGACGGACGCUGAACGCACAAACGAAAAACUGAGAUCUUGGGAUGAACAGUAAAAACUUUGACGCUUCGAACGUAAAAUUAUAAGAAACCUGUAAAUAAUAUUUUUACACAAUAUGUAUAUGCAUUAUUAUUUUAUUCCGAGUUCGUUUAACAUGCAUGCUAGUUUUGCUUGGCAUUUUUCAGCAGAUUGCCUGUUUUUGUUUUUAUAUUGAAUUUCGCGCAAUGUACAAAUUCGAAAGAUUUUUAAAACCUGAUCAAUGGCAAAUUUGCUGGGAAAUGCUAAGAAGUAGGAAGUUAAUUGGCCGACUCUUAGUUGUAAUUAACUCGUAUAAAAAUGCCUUCCGCAUAUUUCUUUUCAAGUAUUUAGAGUGGCCUCUCAGAGGCGAUCCAAA